AGCCGAUCUUUUCAUCCAUCCACUCUCAGUUUGUUAUGCAUUUCACGCGGUGUACGUCGGUGCGCGAUUAUCGGUCCGCUAUUUCAAUUAGCGACCAGAUUUUCCAAAUGUAUUAGGAAUCAAUUAUGGAUAAUCGUCGACUAAUUUUUCAAAUCAUCUUUCUCUUGAUGAUCGUCACCACGUCUGACACUCUGUUUUUCCAGCAUCCGAAAAAUGGUCUCACGGACUUUCUACGAUCCAUAAAGGAGAAGAAAGAAAAAUUCAUAAAAAAAUCACACGAGGACAUUCACCACUAUCAUCUUCACUAUUACCCGGUGCCCGUCGACGUUUACCACGAGCCCGUCAAAGCACCGAACAAAGAAGAACUGGAACAUUUGCACAGGAAGGAACUCGUGUCCUCGGGAUGGACGGACCACGAGUACAAACACGUUCCGGAACCGGAGUUCGUUAUUCCCGAAUCUUUACGACCCCACGACGUCGAGCCUAUCAUAGUAAGCGAUCCGUGGCCACGUCAUAUUAUCCACGAACCUGUCGAGGAUCGUCUCACUUUUCAAGAUCAAUUGGACAUCGCCGCGAUAAGACAGGAGUUCGAGCAUCAUCCGGGGCACGGACAUCGCCAGGAGAAGAUCGUUCACGUACCGAUAAAAUCAUCGGUUCCAGAGAAUCAUCACAAAACGCAGAUAUCCCUUCACAUACCGUUGCAUCAGAAGAUCGUUAUUCACCAACCACGUAUCCAUAAAGAAGAGAAAAAGGUUCACCCGUUGAUCGCGUUCUUUCAGAAACUUCAUCAGAUAAAAAAUUCAUUAUUUAAUUUUUACGGGUCGGGUAAUAAUGACAAAAAUGUUUAUUACAUACCGUGCGACGACAGAAGCGACAAAAGUUAUUCGCCGGCUUCGAUAACAUCGAAAAUCAAAUCCACCGAUACCUACGCGGCUCUGUACUUCCGUCCGAAAAAUUUUUGAAAAUACUAUUUCGCUAUAAGGCUUUAUAAAACGGAGUUUUUUUUUUUUACACCAAUAGGCCAGAUCGAUAUUGUUCCUAUCGUAGAUCAUUCGCUAUUGAUCAUUGCGUUACGUUAUCCUCGCAAAUUAACUACUUACUAUAUUCCAUUGAAUUGAAUAAUUGAGGAGUAGGAGAGGUGGCACACAUUCGAUACGAUUGUUCGAGGCUUUCUACAAUGUCAACGCGUUCACUUCGCGACCGUAUUAAAAGGUGAAUGAUGAAUUAUGGAAGAUCAUAAUCGUACAGUAAACUAUUCGUGCUCGGUUCGCUUCUACGCGACAAAAAAACUUCUUAUAACUGAUUCUUUUUUUUUUUUUUUCUCUCAGUCUCCCGACUUCUUUUCUUUUCACUUCAAUUAUACUUCUUUGUAUUGCUUCGAUUCUCCGUCCAACGGGUACAUUCAAUACCAUAAUGUCUACCGAGCGGAACAACGGGGACCGGCGAAAUUACGAUGAUCCCAUUACCCUUGACCAAAUUAUCAUUCUUUUUUUUUUGACAAGUAUGAAAAAUUCUCUACGAACGAAACAAUUUUAUUUCGGUCACCUCGUGUAUUUCAACAAACUAUACAUGUAAUUCGUCUACCUCUUUCGUUAUCUGGUUUGUCAAAAAUUUCCCACGAAUGAUGAAACCAGAUACACAUUUCUCCACUAUACUUCUUCUUCAUAUAGUUUUUUUUUUUUUUUUUUUUUUUAACGCCACCUUCAAAUAUCACCCCGAUUACUCGUAUCGUCCUGUUGAGCGUGCGUCCAUUCGUCACGUACACAUUGUGCCAUACCUAUAUCUAUAUACCUAAAACCUAUAAAUGAAAAAGUUGAGGUUUUGAGCGAAGAUAAACGAUAUCCUUUCUUCGUGGCUAGACAUCGCACGGCGGUUUCGGAAGUCGUGAAGAAUAAGAGCAAAAAAAGUUUAAACAAAAGACGGGAGAAUCGAGCUUUCGAAAUGACGUUUGGGGAGACGUACUGUAUAUACCUACCUAUUUUACGGGGUGACGUAAAAAUUUAUUUGGCAAUGACGCAUACCGAGCUGACUGUACGGUGCAGCUGCAGCAACAGGAGCAAAACCGAUGCGAAGGAAUAUGAAUAGAGGUAUACGCUAUAUCUGUUGGGUAUGUAACGGGUCGAAAAAUAAAAGAUUUUUCAAAACAAUAGAAAAAGAGAGAACGAUGGGAAAAGAGAAGAAAAGGGAGGAAGUAGUAUCCAUAUAGUACGACCGUAGCGAGCAAGGUUAAAAUAAAAAAGCACGGAAUAAAAAGUAAAAAGACCACGCGAAAAAAAAAAAAAAAAGAAAGAUAUUCAGAGACGUAUUCAACGACAGGAUAUGCGAAACUCCGACCGCAGUCGCAUGCCAUGUCGUAAAAUAUAUUUUCGCUCGAACCAGAGCGAAGGGGUUGUGAUAAUGAUAAAAAAAAAAAAAAAAUAUUAAAAAUUAAUCAUAAAGAGAAAGGAUUUAAUGAAUAAGAUAGAAUACAC